GACAAAACAUUUAGUUUUGGAUGCGUGAACACAAUGCGAUUUAUAUGGUUUUAAAUAAAACAUUCAUUUUAGCGGAAAACAUCGAAUUGAUUAGUUAAGCUAGUUCAACUGACAUUCGUUUAUACCCAGUGACCAUGGUUUUGAUGAACUGGAAAAAUUACCAACAUCAUAAUAUUAUAUAAGACGGUACAAUAAUUUCAGAAGACGCCAUUUAUGUUUGUUUCGUCGACUAUAGUUUAAGUACCUUUUCGAAAUAACCAUUUAUAAUAUUGAACAAUGAUUCGAAUCCUUGUGGUUUGUUUAGCUGUAGCUACUUUUUCUAGUAUCGAUUGCAAAACCGUUAUUCAGAAGUCCGAGGGUCCAAGUAGUGUCAUCGAAAACAUUCUUUUGGCACAGAACGAAACAACAGCUCUUCUCGAGACUGACAAUCCAGCAAUUACCAAUGAUGAAAAGGUUGUUACACCACAUAAUAAGACUGCGGAAUUUAAAAAAAACAUCACGGCCUCCAUCGUCAAGCAAAAUGAAUCAGCUGUUGUCGAACAUAAUCGUUUAAGAACUGAUCGGAAACCCAAGAUCCGUCAAGUCCCGGAAGACGUUCUAGUGACGUCUAGUUCCAACAUGGUGGACGACAUGAAUGCCGAUCAAUCGUACUACCAAAGUCCUUUAAUGAUGUAUCCGUUUCCUAUGAUGAACACAUAUUAUCCCAGAUACUUUCCGUAUACGUACCCAGGAUACCAGGGAUAUCCAUUCUUUGGAUAGCGAUCAUACACACAGCGGUAGAUAUACAUUUGAAUAACAAAAUUAAUAUUUAUAAACACCUAUCAUGUAAAGUUUAUUCUUG